UGACAGCUUGAUUGUCGCUUUCAUCACUUGCGUCAGCUCCUCUUCGACGACUCGGGCAACCACCCAUGCACUUACCGGCCCACUUACCGGCAGCUGCGAAGAGCUUCACAAUAAUCGCACAUCGGGGAUAUAGUUCUCGGGCCCCCGAAAACACGUUUACUUCGUUCGACAGCGCUCUGGACGCGGGGUUCUCUCAUUUCGAGACGGACGUGCAGCUUACAGCGGAUGGCGUGCCGGUCAUCCUGCAUGACGAGCGGCUUGGGCGCACCACACGCGACACGGCAAACGCCGGUGCGCCCGGUCUGCAGGGGCCCGUCAGCGAGGUGACCUGGGCUGAGCUCGCGCAGCUGGACGCAGGCUCAUGGCUGUCACCUGACUUCGCGGCUCAGCGGGUGCCGCUACUCGCCGACCUGCUGCGGCGCUACCGCAGCAGGGCCCACAUUCACCUGGAGCUCAAGAGCCAGCAGCCGGAGCUGGCGGCCCGGGUGGCAGAGCAGCUGGUGGCGGCCGGCUGGGUGGCAGCCGGCGGCGGCACGCUGCUGCCCGAGGCGGUGGGCUCAGGCCGGACAGCAGCAGCAGACGUGACGGCAGCUGGUGGCGGUGCUGGAAGCGAUGGUGGCAGUGUGCAAGGGCAUGCGCCGCGCCAUGAGCACUUCGCCGCUGCCGGGCUGACCAUCACGUCGUUCCACCUGCAGCAGCUCAUGAGGUCGCGCAAGGUGCUGCCAGGGCUGGUACACGGCUGGCUGAUUCACGAGUUAACCGAGGAGCGGAUACAGGAGGCGCUGGCUGCAGGGCUGCAGCAGCUGUGCCCGCGCGCCAACGUGCUGACGCCCUCCGCGGUGCAGCGGGCGCUGGCGGCCGGGCUGUCGGUGCGCGCGUGGGGCGUCAAGGACAUGGCGCUGCUGCACCGAGUGGUGGGAUGCGGCUGCCACGGCGCCACCGUCAACUGGCCUGGCGAGGCGCAGGAGGCGCUUGCAGCUGAUGAAGCGGCGGCUAGGGCGGCUGCCGAGGCGGCUGUGGCUGAAGGCGCGGGAGGUCUAGUGGCUGCUGAUGCAGGCCCGUCAACCCACUGAUUGGGAUGUAGGUCGCGGGAGUGAGGGUAAAUUUAGUCGGUGGCCACUAUGCUUGCACGGGAAUACAUGGGUCCCUGACCGGGCCCACACUUGGGCUACGGCGAAGGAUAAUCAAAUGUUUGGCAGGCGGCGAGACCGACGAGACCAUGUUAACGAGUGAGGCGUAUGGCUUUUCCAUGGUCCAAAGGGCCACCAUAUGCCGAUACGCGUUUGGGCCGGGGAAAGCCGCCACCCCUAGAGAGCCAUUAGCGGAGUGCUGUCGAAACGCAAACGCGAAUAUGCGCGACACCAAGAGACGUUGUACUAGCCCUGUCGGCUUGUCGUCCAGACUCGCCGCUGCGAUGCUGAGGGGGAUCGCCGCCCGCCUGUGACCCACGGUAAACAUGCCAUCACUCAGUCGCACACCCCACCCAGGGGAGCCCCUGACCCUGCCGCACGCAAAUGCAUGCUGUGUGUUUACUCAGAUCUAUAGAACCUGUGUUCCUCA